AUGUCCGUGUCAGCUUUCAAGGCCACCGUGCUGUGCCACAACUGUGGUACCCCGCUUGAUGGUACCCUCACCAAUGGAACCCCCAUUUGCAACCAGUGUAUCGAAAUGACGACCGACAUCACCAAGGAGAUUCCUCGAGAGGCUUCCCUCACCUUUUGCAGAAACUGCGACAGAUGGCUGCAGCCUCCCUCAUCAUGGACCGCUGCCCAGCCCGAGUCCCGAGAGCUGCUGGCUCUUUGUCUCAAGCGACUCAAGGGUCUGUCCAAGGUGCGUCUUGUGGACGCCUCCUUCAUCUGGACCGAGCCCCACUCCCGACGUAUCCGAAUCAAGGUCACCGUCCAGGGCGAGGCUGUGGGCCAGACCAUCAUCCAGCAGAGCUUCGAGGUCGAGUACAUUGUGAUCGCCACACAGUGUCCCGACUGUGCCAAAUCCUUCACUGCCAACACCUGGAGAGCUAGUGUGCAGAUCCGACAGAAGGUGCCCCACAAGAAGACCUUCCUGUAUCUGGAGCAGCUGAUUCUGCGCCACAACGCACACCUGGACACCAUCUCCAUCCAGGAGAGCCGCGACGGUCUGGACUUCUUUUACUCGCAGCGAAACCACGCGCUCAAGAUGCUCGACUUUCUGGCGUCCGUCACCCCCUGCAGACACAAGCGGUCCGAAGAGCUCAUUUCAAUGGAUACCCAUACCGCCAAGAAGCAGUACAAGUUUUCUUACUCGGUCGAAAUCGCACCCAUCUGUCGAGACGACCUCGUGGUUUUGCCUCCCAGCAUUGCCAAGUCCAACGCCAACAUUUCUCCUCUGGUUCUGUGUACCAAGGUGACCAACACCCUGCACUUUGUUGACCCCAAUACCCUCCAGACUGCCGAGAUUCCUGGCUCUGUUUACUGGAGAAAGCAGUUCCCUUCUCUGGCCGAUGCUUCUCGUCUGCAGGAGUUUAUUGUGCUCGAUAUUGAGCCUCUGGGACCCGUCAAGGGCAAGUUUGCCCUUGCUGACGCCACUGUGGCUCGAGUCGGCGACAUGGGCCGAAACGACACCACCUACAACAUCCGAACGCAUCUCGGAGGUGUCCUGCAUCCCGGAGACUCUGCCUAUGGCUACUACAUGGUCACGUCCAACUUCAACAAUGCCUACUGGGAUGAGCUGGACAAGGAUAAUCUGCCCGACGUGAUUCUAGUCAAGAAGCACUACCCUGGCCGACGAAAGAAGCGAAACCGACACUGGAAGCUUAAGCGAAUGGCACUUGAACACAACCUAGAGGACGACCCCAAGGUCACCAAAACCGAUCUGGACAAGGCUGAGCAGGACUACGAGCAGUUCCUGCAGGAGCUCGAGGAAGACACCGAGCUGCGAGGCACCGUCAACCUUUAUAAGCGAACCGUUCCCCAGAUGCCUGCUCUUCCCAAGACUGGUGAUGAGAUGGAGGCCAGCGAGGAGGAGGGCGAGGGAGUUCCUGAGAUUGGUGUUGACGAGCUUCUCGACGACCUGGAGGACAUGAGCCUGGGCCAGGAUGAAUAG